CCGGGAGAAGCAGGCAAGGGACCAGGGGACCAAGGAAGGCAGAAGUAAGGAUAGGACAAGCCCCCGAAACGCGGAAGCAGCCAUGCCUAAGAAAGUAAGGGUCACGGAUACGAGGCCCAGACUAGCCGAGAUAGACAAGAGGACCGCGGAAUACAAGGCAAAAUUGAUUGAGGAAAUGAUGACUGGGAACGAGGAAGGUCCUCUGCAGGAGGAGCACUGGGACGAACGGAGAGCCAGCCAAGGUGGGACUGGACAAGGGGAUAAAGGUAGUGACCGUGGGGGAACGUCGAGCAAGAGAUGGAAAGAGAGAGAGAACUCUCCGGGGAUGGAAGCAGAAAAGGCUACGACUCCGCCAGCCAUGGAUAGUAGGGCUAGCCGCCUGCCGAUCACGCCAGCAGUAGCGCGAGGAUGCGAAGGACUUUGGAGCCUUAGGGAAAGAGUGUUGGGAUGGUUUGACCCGGAAGGAACUAUGAAAGUCAGGAAGGGACAGAAGGCCGGCAAGGAAAGUCCGGAUAACAGUGUGGCAGGCGAGGUCAGCAGCUCCGAGGGUGGCCUUAAGAAGAUAGUGUCGUCCCUCGCGCGAGCACUAAACAAAAAUCAAGGCUAUCUGGCAGACGCCAAGAAAAAGCUGACUUUCGAUGGAGCAAACAUCACGGAGUUCCUUAUCGACUACGAGAACCUAGCUGCGUUACUAAAAUGGACCGAGGAGGAAAAGUUGGACCAUCUAGGACAGCAUGUGUCGUUAAGCCUAGGACGGGACAUAAUGAUCAUUGUAGCCGCAAGCCGGUCUUGGAAGGAGACCCGGGAUGUGAUGAUGAGGAAGUACCUAGCGGCACAGAAAAUGGCAACGGAGGCCGACCUAGCGGCAGUUCAGAGGAAGAACUUCGCAACGUACAAUGAUUUCCUAUGGGAGUUUACUCUGGUAGCACUAAGGAUCCCCGGGGUCACGGACCGGAUAAUGAGCAAAUAUUUCCUCAGGCAGUUCUCCGAGUUCGACAAAGACAAGAUCUUGUCAGCUUACCAACAGACGAGCAAGUUUGUAAACACGCGGGAUGUAAAUUUUAGCACGGUAAUGGAUCUGGCUGAGAAAACGGUAGUAACGGAGACGUUGGCCUUGCUCAAGGAAGGAGAGGUCAUAGAUCUGACCAGUAGGAUGGGUGACAAGGUAAAAAAGGGGAUUGAAAGUCUACAUGAACGGGUGCACGGGGUCGACAAUAAGAUUGAAAGGAUGGAAGACGCGCUACUGGUUAUGCAGGCGCAAGUAUCUCGACCUGCCCUCCCUCCCCAGGAAGCUGUGGUCCCGCCAGGUGUGGCAAACCGGGGAUUCGGACGGAGAGAUCCUGCUAACGAGCAAUGCAAGUACUACACCGCGAUAGGACAUUAUGUGCGUGCAUGUCCAAAGCUCAACCAUGAUAUUCUGAAAAGAAGGUGUACCAGGGUGAACGCAACCACUCGACUGGGGACGACCGGGAGAAGGAUUAACCGUGACACCAUUAUGGAGGAGGUCGCUGGAAGCUCCGAACCCCAAGCAGAGCCUGAGGCCGAGGAGCCAGAGAAAGUCUAUGGGAAGCCUAAGGAAGAGGAGCCUGCGGACAAGGCUACCGCCGCUAAGAAGAAGUUUAGGUAUCAAAUCCCGAUCUUGACCUUGAAUGAGCUCAACGACACUAUUAGCAAGUUACUAGGAACCAUGGUGUCGGUGUCUUUUCAGACCAUGCUACAGGCUAACCCUAGGUUGCUCAAGGAGCUCAGACAACUGUUGACUCGGAGGCGAGUAGAAAUAGGCAACAACCCCGAAUUACCAGAAGGGGAGAGGGAGGAGGAAGCUCCGCAAGAAAUGGCUAACCUUCAGAGGAGUCACGGGGACUUGGAGGAUCUCGAAAAGGCCUUUGCAAACAUUCGUUUGAGCUUGCCCGACCGAGAGGGCGGCGAAGUCAUGAGAUCACCACCCGGGACGAAGCUUAGCUUUCAUGCGCUACCCGUAGGGAAAUUGAAAAUCCAGAUCGGGAGUUAUCACACCGAUGCAUUAGUAGACGGGGGAGCAGAAAUCACUCUCAUAAGGAGAGAUUUCGCAACGAUCACGGGAUGUACAGUAAACAAGGAAGUAACAGGGAGCAUCCGGGGAGCUGGCGGGGAAAUCCCGUUCGCUGGGUACGUCACGAAGUGUGCUGUGAAGGGAGGGGUCAGAGAAUCGAUCUGGUCGUUUCAGCGGAUGACCGUGAUGGAGGAAAUGGACCACGACAUAAUCCUCGGGAGACCGUGGUGCACGAACGUAGAGAUGAUAGGCAUGCACUUGCACGAUGGCUCGUACAUGGUAGACAUAGAGGACCUUGUGACCGGCCGGGGAGAGCUUCUCCGACUCCUUGGAACGGGAGGAGACCCCCCAAAGGGGAAAUUGGCAACAUGGUCGCCGUCGUUCGAGGAUAGCACGCGAAAAGAGGCUUUCGCACGGAUAAAGGGUAUGAGGGAAAGGGUAGAAAUCAUAAUUGAGGAAGCAUUCAACAAGAAGGAAUGAAUCAAGAUGGGCCUGCCCCAGAGGAAGAGGAGGCAGGAGGAUGAAGUCCUAGGUGUUAUGGUAGCGGAAAAGG